AUGAUAGGCACAGUGAUUAUUACCGGUGCAACCGGCUCUCUCGCGCUUGAAGCUGUGCAACAACUUCUGUCAUCGCAUCCCUCGUUGACCAUUGUUGGCACUGUCCGAAAUGCAACAAAAUCCCCCCAAAGCCCUCAUUUACUUCGACUGGAAGAGGUUGCGCAUCAGUUUCCUUCUAGCAAGCUCCUAAUCGAAAGCGUGGAUCUGAACUCAACUUCAGAAGUACGAGCAUUCUCGAACAAAAUUGCUGGCCUAGUGGAAUCUAACGAACUUCCACCCAUUUCCGCUAUCAUCUGCAAUGCGUUUACAUGGUCACUAAACGGUCAGCAAUUUUCCAAAGAUCUGUUGGAGUCUACGUUCCAAGUCAAUCAUCUUUCGCAUUUUUUACUGGUUCUCAAACUUCUGCGAAGCAUGGAUCCCGAGACGGGUCGAGUGGUCAUGCUUAGCUCUGAAGUUCACGAUCCUGAACGCUCCAAUGCUCUUUCCAAACUGGGUGCAGAACUUCCCUCUACCGAGAAUCUCGAUGCAUUGAUCCAUCCUGGCCCAGAUGAGGUUGGAACAGAACAUGAUAUGGGCUGGCGACGAUACGGAAACAGCAAACUGGCCAAUGUCAUGUUUAUGCAGAGUUUAAACCAACGACUUCAACAGAAUCCGGAAUUCAGCAAGAUUACUGUGACUGCUAUGGACCCAGGUGGUCUUGUGAACUCCCGGGCCCAUGUGGCUCAGCGUUUGAUCGCUCGUAUCUUAUUUGGGCUGUUCGCGCUUUUACUUCCGGUAAUCAAGCUUUUUACCUACAAGCUUCGGUCAAAUUCAGACUCAGCCCGAGAUGUUCUAGCGUUGGCUUUGUCCCCUGAGUACGCAUUGGUGAGGGGCCAUUUCAAUGGAAGGAAGCCUCAACCCCCUGCACGUGUAAGCGAGGACGAGGCAAAAUGUGAGGCUAUGUGGGUGGCUUGUUGGAACUGGGUUGAUAUCAAAGAAGGCGAGACCUGUGUUCCCAAAUGUCACCCCUGA